AUUAAAAACAAAAAACAAAAAAACAAUAAAUAAAAUAUGUUUAAAAUAUUUGCAAUUUUCUUAUUAGUUUAAUUAACUUUUUCUAUUUAAUCUAUUUAAUCUAUUUAAUCUGAGUUUAACGAAAACUAUCUAUAAAACUAGCUUAUUAUUCAUCUGCUUCAUAUUGUAAUUCUUAAAAGCUAGUAUAAUGGACUUGUGGUUUGGCUUGUAAUAAAUCAUCAAAACUAACUUAUGUUCACUAUGAAUUAUCAUCUAAUAAUAACUCAGCUAUAUUAGGAUAUUCAAAAGAUGAUAAUGCAAUAGUAAUAGCUUUUAGAGGUACAGUUACUAUGAUUAAUUUAAUAACAGAUAUAAAUGCAUUAUAAGUAGCUUAUGAUAAAUGUGAUUAAUGUAAAGUCCAUAAAGGUUUCUAUUCGGCUUUUUAAGGAAUAAAGGAUAAGAUUUAAUAAGCUUUUUAAGAACUCUAAUAAAAAUAUCCUUCAAGUAAAGUCUUUCUUACUGGGCAUAGCUUAGGAGGAGCUUUAGCUACUUUAUUCUUACCCGAAGUAUAUGAAUGGAAUGGUAAAAAAUAACUUGAUGCUUUUUACACAUUCGGUUAACCCAGAGUAGGAAAUAAGUAAUUCGGAUUAUGGCUUUAAAAAAAUGAAUUAUUUUCGAUUUCUAAAGGAAGAGUUACCCAUAAUAAAGAUCCUAUAGUUGGAUUAGGACCUAUUUUUUUAAAUUAUUAUCAUUUUGGAUAUGAGAUUUUUUAUAAAUCUUUCAAUGAAAAUGAGAAGUAUACGUUUUGUGAAAAGCCUGAGGAUAGUAAUUGUGCUUCAGGUGUAUCUUCUUAAACUAGUUUAUAAGAUCAUGUAUCGUAUUAUGGAUUCAAUUGGACUGUUACUAGGUUAUUAUGUUAAUGAGAAUAUGUUGCUUUUUUAUAUUUAUGUUUUAUUUUUUUGUAUUUUUAUUAAAAUAAUAAUAUAUCAUUGUUAAAUAUAAAUAUGUAUUAAUUAUCAAAAAUAGAAUUU